AUGGACUUUUCAGACGACAAGGAUCAUCAUCAUGAUACUCAUGCCAUACCACCACAGUUCAUCCAGGAGCAAUACUGGCAUUACAACAAAGUCAAAAUCUCGGAACUAGAGACUGAUGACAGUGUGGUGAAUUGGGACAAAGGGUUGAGCGAGGAACAAGCAAAAGUGAUCAAACCGGUGGGCACGAUUGAGAAGUCAGCGAUAGAGAAGGCUUGUAUUGCUUUUCGAAAUGCUGCUUUGGGGAUCGAGGGGGAUGAAUCUCCGCUGGAGACCGAGAUUGAGGACGUGACUGUUUACGAGCACACGGAUUUUCCAGGCUUGCAAAUAGCACCAGGAAUCUUGCCUCCUGAAACUCAAGUCCUUUGGAUAUCGCAAAUCAUGCACAGAUACAUGGCCAACCCGAAACACAAAAUCAACCUCCAAACAGAUUUCGAUAUCGAAUACCCAACGCCAGAGACCGAAGAAUCAACGGAGACCCCCUCAUUGUUCUCCUACGAUCCUCAAUCCACCCACUCCACACCAAAGAAUCCAGACACUCAAAAGUCACUCAACAUGGCUCAAAUGCUAUCCAGGAAACUGCGCUGGUUGACGUUAGGCGAACAAUACCACUGGCCAACACGCAGUUACCCACGCAAUGGACCCACGACUUUCCCUUCAGAUCUCAGCACACUAGUCAGCGGUCUCUUCCCACACAUCCGCCCCGAAUCUGGCGUCUGCUUGCUCUACGGGCAAAAAGACUACAUGCCCGUCCACCGCGACGUCAGCGAACUUUGCGAACGAGGCCUCGCUUCCUUUUCCUUUGGCUGCGAUGGCAUUUUUGUCGUCGCAAGAGGCGAGGCCGAGUUGGCAGAAGGCGAAGACCCCAAAAAGAGGACUGUAGCCAUCAGAGUCAGAAGUGGCGAUUGCGUGCACAUGGAUGGCGAAAUCAGAUGGGCGUGGCAUGCUAUGCCGCGCACGAUACCGAAUUCGUGUCCGAAAUGGUUGGCCGAGUGGCCUGCGGUCAAGGGUGACGCGGCGAAGGGGGUCAGUGACAAGGAGCGCAAGGCUUAUCAGAGGUGGAAGGGCUUUAUGGGGACGAAGAGGCUGAACGUUAGUGUCAGGCAGGUCUGGGAUUGA